ACCCGCCGCGGAGACGUCAGCGGCGCGCAGCCGAGGCUUGGCACCGAGCCGCAUUUGGCGGCUGCGGCCGGACAGACGGACGGGCGGCUGCGGCGACCGAAGGGCGGAGAGAGGCGCGCGCGGCGGGAGGGAACAGAAACCCGCAGCGCGGGCAGGAGCCGGACCUGCAGCCUCCCUCCGACAGCGCCAUGGACGGCGCCGACAACGCAACCCUGCUCUUCGCCCUGUCCUCCCUGCAGCCGGACAACUACACCCUGUCGCCCAAUGCCAGCAGCCUGAGCCCCGGCCCGGACUUCCCCGUCGCUCCUGCCUCGAGCGCCGGCCCCAGCCCUGGGCUCAGUCUCGGGCCGGGUCCCAGCGUGAGUUUCAGCCCCGGGCCCACGCCGACCCCGAAGCCGACGGCCAGCAGCUUCGCGGGUGGCGCGGCUGGCCUGGGCCCUUCCCCGUUUCCCCGGCCCGGGGUCCCCCACGAGCCCCCAUUCUGGGACACGCCGCUGAACCACGGGCUGAACGUGUUCGUGGGCGCCGCCCUGUGCAUCACCAUGCUGGGGCUGGGCUGCACGGUGGACGUGAACCACUUCGGGGCGCACGUCCGCCGGCCCCUGGGCGCGCUGCUGGCCGCGCUCUGCCAGUUCGGCUUCCUGCCGCUGCUGGCCUUCUUGCUGGCCCUCGUCUUCUCGCUGAACGAGGUGGCCGCCGUGGCGGUGCUCCUGUGUGGCUGCUGUCCCGGCGGCAAUCUCUCCAACCUUAUGUCCCUGCUGGUUGACGGCGACAUGAACCUCAGCAUCAUCAUGACCAUCUCCUCCACACUUCUGGCCCUGGUCCUGAUGCCCCUGUGCCUGUGGAUCUACAGCCGGGCUUGGAUCAACACCCCUCUGGUGCAAUUACUACCCCUGGGGGCAAUGACCCUGACGCUCUGUAGCACUCUCAUCCCUAUUGGGUUGGGCGUCUUCAUUCGAUACAAAUUCAACCGGGUGGCUGACUACAUUGUGAAGAUAUCCCUGUGGUCUCUGCUAGUGACGCUGGUGGUCCUUUUCAUAAUGACUGGCACUAUGUUAGGACCUGAACUGCUGGCAAGCAUUCCUGCAGCUGUUUACGUGGUAGCGAUUUUUAUGCCUUUGGCCGGAUACGCCUCAGGCUACGGCUUAGCUACUCUCUUCCAUCUUCCACCCAACUGCAAGAGGACGAUAUGCCUGGAAACAGGGAGCCAGAACGUGCAGCUCUGUACCGCCAUUCUAAAACUGGCCUUUCCACCACGAUUCAUAGGGAGUAUGUACAUGUUUCCCUUGCUUUAUGCCCUUUUCCAGUCUGCAGAAGCAGGGAUUUUUGUUUUAAUAUAUAAAAUGUAUGGAAGUGAAAUAUUGCACAAGCAAGAUCCUCUAGAUGAAGAUGAAGAUACAGAUAUUUCUUAUAAGAAACUAAAAGAAGAGGAAAUGACAGACACUUCGUAUGGCACAGUGAAAGCAGAUAAUUUCAUGAUGAUGGAAACCACUCAGACUUCUCUCUAAACAUGGAGAUACACAGAAGCUUCUAUCUUGCUGAAAUAUCACUUCAUAUUUAUGGUCUGUGGUAGUGUAUAUGGUUUACAUAAAGGAUAACAAUUGGUUCACAUUAUACAUGUAACAAUUUUGAUCUUCCCAUUGUAAGAUUGCAUGGUAUAUUAACCAAACGUUUUCACAAAUUACAAAUCAAUGUCGUAAUAUAACUUGCACCUGGGACUGCUGAAGUGAAGCCUAAAACUAAAUGUUUUUUUUGUUUUUGGUUUUCACCAUUACCAAUUUCUAUGACUGUUUCCAACAUGUUAACUCUUAGAAAACAGGGUCUUGGAAAUGUAGAAUUUUGGUGUACUAUCUUAUAUGAAAAAGACAAGCUAUAUUUGUAAAGCAUAAUUGAGUUUAAUGUAAUCGUUAAAAAAAAAAAGUGUGCUCGCUCCACUUGUAAACUUGACACUGUUGAAUUUUGACCUGUAUUCAGAAAAAUCCCAAAACAGGUCAAUUAAACAAUGAAAUAUA